UUAAGUCCCUCCUCUUGCAGGAAAAGACCUACAGCCAAACUUCCUGCACUCUUUCACCAGCUCUUUAACAAUAACAGCCCCUCACCUCUUGGUCAAAACAGCAAAAUAACAGCAAUGACAACUCUUCUUUGUAGGAUGAGGUGCUCAUCGUGGCUUCCUCUGCGGGGAGCGCACCGACUGACUAACGUGAUCCACCGGGACGGAGCGCGACUCCUAGCCGGGAGCGGUCGCCCUCUGACGGUCUACAGUCGCCCGGACACCCGCGGACAGCACACUCGGGCGGUGGAUCCCACGGAGGUGGAUUUACAGCGUUUAGAGGGUCAGGACGAAGGGAUAGUAGAGGUGUUGAUGUGCCGACACAAAGCAAGAAACUCUCUGGGCCACAUGUUUGUGUCACAGAUGAGGGAGCUGGUUUCCAGUCUGUCCAGUGACUCAGCAGUUCGGGUGGUUAUCUUCAGGAGUUCAGUACCUGGGGUCUUCUGUGCAGGUGCUGACCUGAAAGAGAGAGCUCUAAUGAAUAACACUGAGUCCGAUCUGUUUGUUCAUGGCUUGCGCUCCCUCAUGACUCAAAUAGCAUUGUUUCCCACACCGACAAUAGCAGCGAUGGACGGCGUCGCCUUGGGAGGCGGCCUUGAGCUGGCUCUGGCCUGUGACCUCCGUACUGCCUCUUAUUCUGCACAGAUGGGGCUGAUUGAGACAACACGGGGGCUGCUCCCAGGAGCGGGGGGCAGUCAGCGGCUGCCGCGGAUGGUCGGCCCCACUCUGGCCAAGGAGCUCAUUUUCACAGGUAGGCGUGUAGGAGGGCAGACGGCUCUGGAGAUGGGAUUGGUAAACAGAGCUGUAGAACAGAACCAGACUGGAGAUGCUGCCUACAGAGAGGCACUCGCUCUGGCCAGAGAGAUCCUGCCCCAGGCUCCUGUUGCUGUGCGGAUGGCAAAAGAGGCAAUAAACAGAGGAAUGGAGGUUGACAUCAGCUCAGCGAUGGCCAUAGAGAGAAUGUGUUAUGCUCGGGUCAUCCCAACCCGAGAUCGACAGGAAGGGAUGGCAGCUUUCAUUGAGAAGAGACCUCCACGGUACACCGGGGAGUGAGCUUUGCCUUGGCGUCUUCAUGCGUUCCAGAAUAAAAACAUGAACUGAGUUCAGCCUUUUGGGAGUAUCAGGCUUUAUUUAAUGGGUGACACAAUUAAUGUGGAAAUAUUUUGUGGAGAUAGGUUUUGUACUUUUUAGGAAGCAUUGUCUGUAAAAGUGAGUUAAUAAAAAAUCUAAAGAAAG